CCUGCUCCUCUCUUCAGUAUGUGGAAGACAGUAUUCCUGAUUUUCUUCACUAUGUUGACUCUGCAGGGCUUGGUAAAGGGGGCUCCUCUGAGACCAGAAGAAAAGUGGAAACCUUUGGACAACCCCAGGAACAGAGAUCUGUUUUUCAGAACACUUUCAGCUUAUUUUUCUGGGAGAGAUCUCAGGAAGUUUCCAGGAACUUUCUCUUUGAACAAUGAUGGAUCAAAGCCUGUUACUUUCUACUUGGAUCCCAUUGCUUCUGCAUUGGCAGAUUAUGAAGAAAGGAAAAAUUCUUUCCCAAAGUAUUUCAGAGGCUGAAAGAAACUGCUUAACAAGGUGAUUACUUGGACUUCAGGUGAACUUGAAGAAUACUUGGCAAGAUAUGACUACCUUGGGCUUUUUAACUAUUAUCUGACUUUUCAGCAUACCAGAUUUUACAUACACAAGUCUCACAUCUGGCUGUAACUGCCACACUUUCUUAUUUUGAGCUAGUAGGGGACAUAUGACCAAAGUUUGUCUUACAGAAUUUUACUUGUUUAAAUGUAAAUAAAUGAAAAGUUCAGUCCAACUGGUGUUUGCAACUGAUCUCAAAUACCUUUGUCAAGGAAUGUAAAUAAAUGUUAUCUUUAUUAUAACUAAGUUCUAGAAAACUUUUCUUGAAUGGAAUUCUAGUGAGACUAUUUCCUCACAAUUCCUUAUAUUGUGUUUGGUGGAAUUUUUAACAAAACUGAGCUUCAGUUGUUACAGAAACUUACAGAAACCUGCCUGUCUGUUCUGUGAUGGUACAGAACCUCCCACAAUGGGUCCUGGUUUAGGACUGGGGUCACUGCAAUACAAAUAAUGAACACACUUUGACACACAAAAACAAAGAUAUACUAAUCUGAUGUGAGAAUGGAAGGCAACUUGGGUCACGGUAACUAUAAAAUGAUAGAAGUUAAACUUCUAAGGGGAGGAAGGAAGGAGAGCAGCAGAUUAAGGACACUGCACUUCAGAAAAGCAGGCUUGAACAAAUUUUGGGAACAGGUGGGAAGGAUCUCCUGCAAGGCAAAUCUGAGCAGACAGGAAUUCAGGAGAGCUGGCUGCACUUUAAGAAUGACUUUUUAGAAGGGCACAGGAGCAAGCUAUCCCAAUGAGAUGGAAGAAUGGAAGUGCACCAGGAGACCAGCCUGACUAGACAGCAAAUCUGUUUAAGGGGUUGAAACACAAAAAGCAU